UUGAUCAUAAGCCUUGCUAAUGUCAAACUUCAAAAUCAUCCUUUCCACCUUUGUUUUCCUCAUAUUCAUCCUCUUUGGAAUUGUUGGACCCUCUUCCAUUUCAAAAUUAUUCUCUGAAACUAUCUCCGACUGAGUGUAGAAACAACCAUACUUGUAUCCUCAUGGGGAAAUUUAUUUAUUUGAUUUUCUACUUUAUGAUAUAUUAGAGUUAGAGGCUUCAUUGGAUCCUAAUAUAGGCGUAUGCUAAAUUAAGGCUGGUUGGCUAUAUCGUAUUGCUCGUCAAUUUCCUCAUUAACAGACAGCAAACUGUUAACAUAUUGAGUACCUGUGUAUUGUAAUUUAUGUUUAUUUUUUCUUUGCAUUUCUUUCGUUUUUGUUUUCUUUUUGUGGUUUUGUGUUUUGUGUUGUUGUUGUGAAUUACAGGUUUUAUUUCAAUUGUAAACAAUGAAGAAGGCUUUUGGGUCACCUCAAACACCAAGCAUCAGUACUCUUUCCAGAAGGCCUAAGAUCACACGUCCUCUGCGAAAGCAAUUGGCAACUCCAACACAAAAUGGGGACAGGUUUAUUGCUAACAGAAGUUCAGUAGAUUUUGAUUGGGCUCGGUAUCUGGUAAAUAAAAGCAAUAUCAUUGGGAAAAAACCCUCCAAGGAAGAAUAUGACAGGGAGCCAGCAGCUAGUUUGGUGAUGGAUUCUAGUAAGAUGUUAAGAACUUUGAGCUUUAGUAGAAAGCCCUCUGGACAGGGCUUGCAAUCCAUCUACUCGGAAGCUCCUUCUGUUGAUACUACAGUCAGAACUAGCAGAUCACAGAGCCGCAACAUACCUCAACAUGCAGUGAGAACUUUGGAUGCCCCGGAUCUUGUUGAUGAUAAUCAUUUGAAUCUGCAGGAUUGGAGUGACAGCAAUAUUUUGUCUAUAGCACUUGGCAAUGCAGUUUACUUAUGCGAUGCAAACACAAGCACUACUUCUGAGCUAUUGACAGUAGAUAACGAUGUUGGUCCAGUAAGCAGUGUCAAUUGGGCACCUGAUGGAAAACACAUUGCCAUUGGAUUGACUAGUUCUGCUGUACAGAUAUGGGACUCUACAUGUAAUCGACAGUUGAGAUCCUUGAAAGGUCAUCAUGGCCGUGUAGGCUCACUUUCCUGGAAUGACACUAUUCUUGCAACUGGUGGUAGGGACAGUUCAAUAAUUAUCCAUGAUGUCAGUAUCCGUAAUUCCAAUGUUAAGACAUACAGAGGCCAUGAGCAGGAAGUUUGUGGAUUGAAAUGGUCCUUAUCUGGCCAGCAACUUGCGAGUGGAGGCAGUGACAACUUGCUUCACAUCUGGGACAAGAGCAUGUCAUCCUCUAAUGUUAGAAAUCAGUAUCUUCACAGGAUUGAUGAACAUUUUGAUGCAGUUAGAGCCUUGGCAUGGUGCCCUUUCCAGCACAAUCUUUUGGCAUCUGGUAGAGGUCUUGCAGACCAAUCUAUUAAGUUAUGGAAUAGUCUUACUGGAGCAUGCCUAAAUACCAUUGACACCAACUCUUCAGUUUGUGCGUUGUUGUGGAAUAGGCAUGAGCGUGAGCUUUUGAGUUCACAUGGGUAUAGUGAGAACCAAUUGACCUUAUGGAAAUACCCAUCUAUGGCAAAGACUGCAGAACUUACUGGCCAUACUUCUAGGGUGCUGCAUCUGGCACAGAGCCCAGAUGGGUAUACUGUUGCAUCGGCUGGAGCAGACGAGACACUAAGGUUUUGGCAAGUCUUUGGAAAUCCUGAUACCUCAGAGAGUACCAAAACUAAAGAGCCAGAGGGUAUCCUCAACUCUUAUCUUAUGCAUAUUCGUUAGUAGUCAAUUGAUGAAAUGGAACAAGAAAAUUUACACUUCAGAAUCCAGAUGUAUGUAAACUGCUCCAUAAGCUUUGACAAGUCUUUUGAACUUCUGAAUACUUGAAGGGGACCCCAAAGUAGACAGACAUCAGGAUGCCUCCAGGUUAAGGAUUCAUCUUCAACAAUCAAAUGCCUGGUUAGGAACGAGUUUGGGACGGGAUAUGCAUUUAUUCUCUGCUGCUCGGAGCAUCAUCUUCGAAGGAGGAAAACCACUUAUUCUCCAGCCAAGAAGAGCUUUGCAGUUUCAAUGAGUUCUCAGAGUACAAAAGUGAGGGAAUCUCAAGUGAGGAGAGCAAUAAUUUCUGUAAAGCGAAGCAAUUUCAUUCUCCUCAUCAAAUAAUAGGUUUGAUGUUCAACGAGUGUCUCUUCUUGUAAAGGGAGAAGUUAUCCUCCUCAGCCAAGAGUGGAUUUAAUAUACCCUCGAGGCUAAACAGAAGGUAUCCAGGCAUUAGAGGGCUUGUGUGACAUAAUCCUCUUCUUCAAGAGAGUGAGAAAUGAGUUGUCAGCAAAAUGACCAUUAUAUUAAACAUUCUUUUUUAGAAGAAAAUUUUCAUCAGGGAAGUGGUUAGUCUGUUUGCCCAGAUGAAAUGGGGGUGUGCUGUGUAACAGCAGAUAAGAAUGAUAAAAUUAUAGUUUCAAAAUUUAUUUGAUACAGCCAGUUGCUAUGGCAGCAGAAAAUACAUUUUAAUUUAUAUCAGGGGGAGAAAUUUA